AUGAACUUUAUAAUGUAAAUAUAUAAAUGGAUUAAGAUUUUAACAAUUAUUAAGAGAGAAAAGUUUCAUAAUUGCAUAAAACAACAUAUAAUUGAAUACCAUUAGGAUAAAUAGCAAAUUAUUGUAUUGGAAGAGUAUAAUUAACAAGGGAAUUUGUAUGAUUUCAUUAAAAACAACCAGAACUUUACAUGCAACUAGAUUAUAAAUUGCUUACUUGAUAUUAUAAAAGGAUUAUAAUAAUUAUCCUAACAUUAAUAUAUGCAUAGAGACAUUAAACCUUAAAAUAUUGUAUUUGAUGGAACAAAGUUUAAACUUAUAGAUUUCGAAACCUGCAAAUAUUAUGGCUAAGAUUCCUACAAAUAUCAGUCUCGAAUAGGGUAAACGAAAUAAUUGAUUUAGAACUUUAACUUGUAUGGCUCCUGAAGCUUAACUUGACUUUGCUUAUUCAUCCAAAUGCGAUGUUUGGAGCGUUGGAUGCGUGCUUUAUUAUAUAUUAUAUAAAUCUUUUCCUUUAUAAAAUUAUGAUUCAUUAUCACUUCUAAUAUUUUAUUAGAACAAUCAUUAAUUAGAAUUUCCAUCUUAAGUAAUAAAUAAGGAAUUAUAUGAUUUGAUGUAACAAAUGCUUAAAACCAGGGAAAUUGAUAGAAUUAGUCUUAAUGCUCUAUUUUUUUUGUUGAAGAUGAUUAAAAGCAGUAUGACAUUCAAUAUCAGUAAUCUUGAAGAAAAUCUUGCCUCUUUGAUUUAGAGGAUAUAGUUUAUCUUUUACUCUGAAAAAAGUUAUGACAUUUGCAAAAAAAUAUACACUUGUUUUAAGACACUUCUUAUUUACUAGGUAAAUACAGAAACCUAGAAUGAUUAAAAAAGAGAAAAGUUGAAACGAGCUACUUUAGAAAUUAUAAGAGAAUUCGAAAACGAACAAAUUUAUUUAGAUUUGAUUAGAUAGAUUUAAUAAUAAAUCUAGGACUGA